CCCAGCCCCGGGAGUGCGUGAGGGUCCGCUACCAUUUGCUGCGGCCGCGGGGUGCCUGGGGCGCUGGCGGCGGUACCGACUGCAGGGACCCGCAGCGACCCGGUACCUGAGAGGCGGGCCUGAGUGCGGGGAGGCAGCGGGCCCAGAAGGCCGCGUCCAUGGGCUCCCGACGCCCGGGCGGUGGCUGUACGGGCGGGCGGCGGGGACCGCGCGCUCUGUGAGGGCCUGGGGCUCAGGGCCCGGCGUGGAGGUGCCCGGGCAUACCGUGCAACGCAGUGCUGUUGUGCGAGGAAAGGCCCGGCCUGCAUCCCGGAGUCCGCGAAGCCACCCUGACUGCUGGGGACGCGCUCUGGCCUGUGUCUGCGGCCCGGCUGUGAGGCGGCGGCCGGCGAGGGCUUGCCGCGGCGCUCGCUCUGCGCCCGGCCUUAGUCUCCCAAGCCUGCUGUGCAUGGUGCCGCCGCCCCUCCAGCCGCUGUCCGCCGCGGAGCGCGCCGGACCGGGCCGUCGGGCCUCGCCGCGCCGCCGCCCCGACCAUGUCGGCGGCCAAGGAGAACCCGUGCAGGAAAUUCCAGGCCAACAUCUUCAACAAGAGCAAGUGUCAGAACUGCUUCAAGCCUCGCGAGUCGCAUCUGCUCAACGACGAGGACUUGACGCAGGCAAAGCCCAUUUAUGGUGGCUGGCUGCUCCUGGCUCCAGAUGGGACAGACUUUGACAACCCAGUGCAUCGGUCUCGGAAGUGGCAGCGGCGGUUCUUUAUCCUGUAUGAACACGGACUCCUGCGCUACGCCCUGGAUGAGAUGCCCACAACCCUCCCUCAGGGCACCAUCAACAUGAACCAGUGCACAGAUGUGGUGGACGGAGAGGGCCGGACGGGCCAGAAGUUCUCCUUGUGCAUUCUCACGCCUGAGAAGGAGCAUUUCAUUCGGGCAGAGACCAAGGAGAUAAUCAGCGGAUGGUUAGAAAUGCUCAUGAUUUAUCCCAGGACCAAUAAGCAGAACCAGAAGAAGAAGCGGAAAGUGGAGCCUCCUACACCACAGGAGCCAGGGCCGGCCAAGAUGGCCGUCACCACCACCAGCAGCAGCAUCCCCAGUGCGGAGAAAGUCCCCACCACCAAGUCCACACUCUGGCAGGAGGAAAUGAGGGCCAAGGACCAGCCAGAUGGGAGUAGCCUGAAUCCAGCUCAGAGUCCCAGCCAGAGCCAGCCUCCUGCGACCAGCACCCUGAGGGAAUCUGGGCUGGAGGGCAAAGAUGAGGAGAGCACCAUGAGCAGCGACCGCAUGGACUAUGGCCGCAAAGUCCGGGUGGAAAGCGGCUACUUCUCCUUGGAGAAGACCAAGCAGGACUUGAAAGCCGAGGAGCAGCAGCUGCCCCAGCCAGUCUCCCCUCCCAGCCCCAGCAUUCCCAAUAACAGGUAUAGUGGCCCCGGACCGCCCUCCCAGGAGCUUGGUCAUCCCCUUCCUUCCCCAGGUCCUCGACCCCCCUGUCGAAUGGUCUGCAGCAGCUACCUCAGCUCUCUGGAUGUGGCCAGCCAGCCCCCCGCUCACAUGGACUCCAGCAGCACUGGGGGGCGGGGAGCAGAGAGACUGGGGUGCACCCUUGCCUUUAAAGCCAGCAGGCAGUAUGCCACCCUGGCCGACGUCCCUAAGGCCAUCAGGAUCAGCCACCGAGAAGCCUUCCAGGUGGAAAGAAGGCGGUUGGAGCGUAGCACUCGGGCCCGGAGCCCUGGCAGGGAAGAGGUGGCCCGUCUGUUUGGCAACGAGCGGAGGAGGUCCCAGGUAAUUGAGAAAUUUGAGGCCUUGGACAUUGAGAAGGCAGAGCACAUGGAAACCAACUUAUCAGCUGGACCCUCACCAUCAAGUGACACUCGCCAGGGCCGUAGUGAGAAGAGGGCAUUCCCCAGGAAGCGGGACCUCCCCAGUGAAGCCCCCACAGCUCCUCUCCUGGAUGCCUCAGCCUCCCCCCUGUCUCCACACCGAAGAGCCAAGUCACUGGACAGGAGGUCCAUGGAGUCCUCCCUGACGCCUGACCUGCUGAAUUUCAAGAAAGGCUGGCUGACCAAGCAGUACGAGGAUGGCCAGUGGAAGAAACACUGGUUUGUCCUUGCUGAUCAAAGCCUGAGAUACUAUAGGGAUUCAGUGGCCGAGGAGGCGGCUGACUUGGAUGGGGAAAUUGACUUGUCUACAUGUUAUGAUGUCACGGAGUAUCCAGUCCAGAGAAAUUAUGGCUUUCAGAUACAUACAAAGGAGGGCGAAUUCACCCUCUCUGCCAUGACGUCUGGGAUCCGGCGGAAUUGGAUCCAGACCAUCAUGAAGCAUGUCCAUCCAACCUCUGCCCCGGAUGUGACAAGUUCAUUGCCGGAGGAGAAGAACCGGAAUAGCUCCUCCUUUGAGACCUGCCUGAGGCCAAGUGAGAAGCAAGAGAUGGAGCCCAGAGAGCCAGACCCUGAGCAGAAGAGGAGCCGUGCUCGGGAGCGGAGACGGGAGGGGCGCUCCAAGACCUUUGAUUGGGCUGAGUUCCGCCCCUUGCAGCAGGCCCUGGCUCAAGAGAGGGCCAGUGCCACAGUGACCCCUGACACAUUCCCUGAGGCAGAGUCAGGAGAGCUGGAGCGGGAACGUGCUCGGAGGCGGGAAGAACGCCGCAAGCGCUUCGGGAUGCUUGACACUGUAGAUGGGCCAGCCACUGAUGAUACAGGCUUGCGGAUGGAGGUUGAUCGGAGCCCAGGGCUGCCUGUGCCCCCCAACCCCAAGACACAGAACGUCCAUGUGGAGAUCGAACAGCGGUGGCAUCAGGUGGAGACCACCCCUCUACGGGAAGAAAAGCAGGUGCCCAUUGCUCCUCUGCACCUGUCCUGUGAGGACAGAAGUGAUAGGCUCUCCAGUCAUGAGCUGACCUCUCUGCUGGAAAAGGAGUUGGAGCAGAGCCAGAAGGAGGCCUCAGACCUUUUGGAGCAAAACCGGCUCCUGCAGGAUCAACUGAGAGUGGCUCUGGGCCGGGAGCAGAGUGCCCGGGAGGGCUACGUGCUGCAGACUGAAGUGGCCACCUCCCAACCUGGUGCCUGGCAGAGGCUCCACAGAGUCAAUCAAGAUCUGCAAAGGGAGCUGGAGGUCCAGUGCCGGCGCCAGGGGCUAACCACCCAGCAGACCCAGGCCCCAAAGCGCAGCUACAGGGAGGCCAAGGAUACAGUCCGACACCACGAGGCUGAGAUCCACAGCCUUCAGGCGAGACUCAGCAAUGCUGCUGCUGAGCUCACCAUCAAGGAACAGGCACUGGCCAAGCUCAAGGAUGACCUGAAACUGGAGAAGGACAAGGUCCAUGAGCAUUUGGAGGAGUGGAAGCACAGCAAGGCUACACUGAGUGGUCAACUGCAGGCCAGCGAGCAGAAGCUCAAGAGCACAGAGGCCCUGCUGCUGGAGAAGACACAGGCACUGCGGGACCUGGAAACACAACAGGCACUGCAGAGGGACCGGCAGAAGGAGGUGCAAAGGCUGCAGGAGCGCAUCACUGAUCUCAGCCAGCAGCUCAGCGCCAGUGAGCAGGCCCAGCGGCUGAUGGAGGAGAAGCUGCAGAGGAACUAUGAGCUGCUGCUGGAGAGCUGUGAGAAGGAGAAGCAGGUGCUGCUGCAGAAUCUGAGGCAGGUGGAGGACAAGGCCAGUGCCUAUGAGGACCAGCUCCAGGACCACGAACGACAGAUGGAGCUCCUCCAGAAGGAGAAGCUUAGUGCCAGGUUUGAGGGCAGCGAGGCUGUGCACCAGCUGGAGGAACAGCUGCAGGUGAAGGAGGCCAGCAUCCACAAGCUGGCUGAGCAUGUCCAAAGCCUCAGAGACGAGCGGGACCUGAUCAAGCAGCAGUUCCAGGAGCUUAUGGAGCACGUUGCCCUGUCUGAUGGGGACAUUGCUGAGCUUCAGAAGAAGCUGAGGGGAAGAGAGGCAGACUACCAGAACCUGGAACACUCCUACAGGAGAGUAGCCAGCCAGCUCCAGAGCAUGCACACUCUGCUGAAAGAAAAGGAGGAAGAGCUGAAGCACAUCAAGGAAAUGCAUGAGAAAGUUCUGGAAAAGAAAGAUCAGGACCUCAAUGAGGCUUUGGUUAAAAUGGUUGCCUUGGGGAGCAGCUUAGAGGAAACAGAAAUGAAGCUCCAGACAAAGGAAGAGAUUUUAAGGAAGUUUACGAAGGCAUCAUUAGAGGAAGUCGAGGAGGUGCAGAGCUCCCUGGAAGAAGCAGAAGAGGAUGGCAUUGCACUUUCAGGUCCACAGCUCCGAGCCUCAGGCUCAUCUUCAGGCUUUCCACCCUUGAGACUCGAGGAGGACGACCCAGGGACUGCUCUUAGGGAGAAACAUGGGCACAGCAGCCCUAGGACAGAAGUGAGCAUGAUGCCCCCAAAGUCAGAAGUGCCUGACAAGGAGGGGCACUCAAAGAACACAGCAAAAUGUGAGCAGGGGGUACCCAGUGUGAAAAGGCAAAGAAUCCGGUUCUCCACAAUCCAGUGCCAGAAAUACACUCAACCUGAUGGGUCCGAGAAGACCUGGACCAGCAGCACGUCUUCUGACACUAGUCAGGACCGGUCACCCUCAGAGGAAAGCAUGUCAUCAGAGGCCACCCUGAGCUCUCUCCCUGCAGCCAGUGAUUCUGACACCUACCUUUCCAUAAUACACUCCCUGGAGACCAAGCUCUACAUCACAGAAGAGAAGCUCAAAGAUGUGACAGUGAAGCUGGAGAGCCAGCAGGGCCAGAGUCAGGAGGCCCUGCUCACACUGCACCACCAGUGGGCCGGCACCGAGGCACGGCUCCGAGAGCAGCUCCGUGCCAGCCUCCUCCAGGUUGGCAUGCUGGCCUCACAGCUGGAGCAGGAAAAACAGGCUAGGGCAAAGAUAGUUGAAAAUCACAUCGGGGAGCUUGGCAAUUUCCAUGUAAAAAACACUGAGGCCUUGGCUUGCCUAGAAAAUUGCCGCGAACAAUUACGAUCUCUGCCAGGGUCUGGCCAGGAGGAAGCACAGGAGGCAGAAGUGGGCCCCCUGGCCAGCAUGGAGAGAGUGUUAGUCCACGCCAUCCAGGCCCUACGUCACUGGCCAGCCCCUGCAGACAGUGGGGCCCAUGCUCAGCUAGAGGAAGGGAGCAUCUUGGAGAAAGGGAAAGAGACUUCGCAGCAGCCACCUCACCUGCCUGAACUGACUGAGCAGGAACAGCUCAAGCUACUUUCUGAUCAAAUAGCUUUGGAAGCCUCACUGAUAAACCAAAUAGCAGACUCUUUAAAAAAUACAACAUCAGAUAUCUCGCGCGUUCUCCAAGAGAUUUCUCAGUCAGGGAGGUUGCCCCUAGAGUCUGGAAGUGCUGCAGUCUGUCUUGGGGCCACAGCAGAUACCUGGGCUAAGAAGGUGCUGGUGGAUGGUGAAUUCUGGAGCCAGGUUGAGUCCCUGAGUAAGCACCUGGGGAUGCUGGGAGGAGAGGCAGCCAGUGCAUCAGGAGGUGAGCAGCAGAGCAUCCCACAAGCCCUGGUCCCUGCCCUGGCAGAUGCUACAUGGGUCAGGGCGGAGCUCAGCUUUGCUGUGCAAUCAUUGAGGGAGUCAUUCCACCGUCGGCUGCAGAGCAUCCAGGAGACUCUCCGGGGGACCCAGACGGCCCUGCAGCAGCAUAAGCACAUGCUGGGGGAAAUCCUGGGAACCUACCAAACCCCUGAAUUUGAGAAAGUGAUGCAGCAGGUCUCGGAAGCCCUCACGCUUCCAGCAGUCAUUGCAGAUGAUGUGCAGGUGUCCUGGGACUUGAGCUCAUUAGGAGAAGAACUGAGUCGUCAAGAUGUAGCCAGCUCCCAGGAACGCUUUCAUUUGUCUGAUCAGAGCUCUGGGACCCUUGUUGCUAUUCAGGAAGAACUCGCCCUGCAGCUUAAAGAUAAGGCCAGCCUCUUAAGAGAUAUAUCUGCCUCUUUAACUUCUUUCUCCACUGUGGAAUCAGUAAGAGAUUGUCAGAAGCUUCUUCAGGUGUCCCAAAAUCUUUCCUAUAACACGUAUUUGGGAGGCCUUGGUCAAUAUUCUUCAUUAUUAGUUAAAGAUGCAAUUAUUCAGGCACAGGUAUGUUAUGCAGCCUGCAAAAUCCGGCUGGAGUAUGAAAAGGAGCUCCAGUGCUACAAGGAGUCCUGGCAGAGCACAGGGGCCUCCUGUCAGGAGCAUGAGCAGGUUGUAGGGGCCCUGAGGGAGGAAUACAAGGAACUUCUCCAGAAGCAGAAGAGCGAGUACCUGGAAGUGAUUGCUGUUGUUCAAAGGGAAAAUGCAGAGCUCAAGGCCCAGGUCACCCAGCUAGACCAUCAGCAGAAGUACCUGGAAGAAGUGGAAAGCAAGCACAGCGAGAACAUGUUUGCCCUGCAAGGGAGGUACGAGGAGGAAAUCAGGUGUGUGGUGGAGCAGUUAAACAGAGCAGAGAAUACACUGCAGGCUGAGCACAGCAGAGUCCUCAGCCAGCUGGAUGCCUCCGUGAGAGACAGGGAGGACUUGGAGAGGCACCACGUGGAGCAGAUGCAGACCCUGGAGGACAAGUUCCAGCUUAAGGUCAAAGAGCUACAGACCAUCCAUGAGGAAGAGCUGAGGACCUUGCAGGUGCACUACUCCCAGAACCUCCAGUGCCUGCAGGAGAGACUCUGCCACUACCAGGGGCGGCCCCCGGAAACCCUCCUGGCUGGCAGCCCCCAGGAGCUGCCUGCCUCCAUCUGGCCAGCCGACCAGUCCCAGGAGCCUCUGGAGGUGGCCACUGGGGAGACUGAUUCCAUGACAGGGCUGAGAGAGCGCAUCCAGGAGCUGGAGGCACAGAUGGACAUCAUGCGGGAGGAGCUGGAACACAAGGACCUAGAGGGCAACACAGCCACGCUGCGGGAGAAGUACCAGAAAGACUUUGAGAACCUUAAGGCCACAUGUGAACGUGGGUUUGCAGCAAUGGAGGAAACACACCAGAAAAAGAUUGAAGAUCUCCAGAGGCAGCACCAGCGGGAACUGGAGAAACUGCGGGAGGAGAAAGACCGUCUCCUGGCUGAGGAAACUGCGGCCACCAUCUCAGCCAUUGAAGCCAUGAAGAAUGCCCACCGGGAGGAGAUGGAGCGCGAGUUGGAGAAGAGCCAGCGGUCCCAGAUCAGCAGCAUCAACUCAGACAUCGAGGCCCUGCGGCGACAGUAUCUGGAGGAGUUGCAGUCGGUGCAGCGGGAGCUGGAGGUCCUCUCCGAGCAGUACUCACAGAAGUGCCUGGAGAAUGCUCACCUCGCCCAGGCGCUAGAGGCCGAGCGGCAGGCCCUACGGCAGUGCCAACGUGAGAAUCAGGAGCUCAACGCCCACAAUCAGGAGCUGAACAACCGCCUGGCUGCAGAAAUUGCACGAUUACGGACACUGCUGACUGGAGAUGCUGGCGGGGAGGCCGCUGGCUCGCCUCUCACGCAGGGCAAGGAUGCCUAUGAAUUAGAGGUCUUACUACGAGUCAAGGAAUCAGAAAUACAGUACCUAAAACAGGAGAUCAGCUCUCUCAAGGAUGAGCUCCAGACGGCAUUGCGGGACAAGAAAUAUGCUAGUGACAAGUACAAAGACAUCUACACAGAGCUCAGCAUCGUGAGGGCAAAGGCUGACUGUGAUAUCAGCAGGUUGAAAGAGCAGCUGAAAACAGCGACAGAAGCACUGGGUGAAAAAUCCCCUGAGAACACCCCUGUGUCAGGAUAUGAUAUAAUGAAAUCUAAAAGCAACCCUGACUUUCUAAAAAAGGACAGAUCCUGUGUGAGUCGGCAACUCAGGAACAUCAGAUCCAAGUCCGUAAUUGAGCAGGUCUCAUGGGAUAACUGAAACGAGCCCGCUUCCAGGUCCCUUGUCAUAGUCUGAAGGAAGGCUUGACGGUGCAAGAAUGCUUGAAGCUCUUUGAAUCCAGGGACUUGAAGAAAGACUGACUGUCCUAUUCCGAUUGAACACACACCCUUCCCAGCUUGUGGCAGCACAACCCAAAUGCUACUUUUCGUCUGUACCUUUAUUUUUAUUAUUAUUAUUAUUAUUAUUGUUAUUGUCAUUAUUAACUGUGGGUAUGGAUGCAUGAGAGACUAGUUUAUGGGUUGUUCACACCAUUCCCUGCUGUGCUGACUCCAACUUUCUACUGUCUCUAUCUGACCUUUUAUUCUACGGUCUUCUAAAACAAGCCGAGCAGUGGAGGCUGCAAGGGCCAUCUGCUCUAGCUGGGUCUGUGUUGGGAGUCCCUGCUGUCAUCUGCCUCACUCACUCACUGUCAGUAUUAAGGCCCAGCAGCCUAUCGAUAAGCUAGCUCUGUCUCACCAAGAGCACUGGGGAGGGAGAGAGAGAGAAUUGGGCUCAGGGGGCUGUAGCUGCGCUGCAUACUGGGUCCCUUGGAGAGACAACAAGCUAUUGGGAUGUGGUUUUCCCUAGAUCACAACACAACUUGCUAGCUGUGGGAGGAGCUGGGGGAGCAGGGCGAAGAGUGUGGUGUACACCACCUGUUAGCUUGGGGGAAGGUCAGCAUUUUAUAUUUGUUCCACUAAUACAGCUUAGAACCGCACCCCAGAUGAUUGUGGUAAACUUUUCACAACCUUAAAAAUGUCGAAAACAGCCUUUCCUAUUUUUGUUUGUUUUUUAUUAAAUCUUGCACAAAACCCCACCCCUCUCAUUCCUUCCUCCGCUCGGUCCUUUCUUGGUCACCAGUCUGGUCUUUCCAUACCUGCCUGGCCUGUUGACCUGUGGCCUGGGGUUUCAGACUGUAAUUGCCAAUAAUGAUGAAUUCCCCCAGGGUAUCAUUUGUGGGGACAGGUGAUUUAUCUCUGUAACCUCUUUGCAAAUAAACCCCAUGUUACUUUUGAAAAGGUUAGGGGAAGACCCCUAUGUUAAGUUCAGGAGAAAGUGCAGAGGAUGUCAAAACCAGACGAGAAUGGCCCAUUAUUUUGUGUUCUUAACUCUAAUUAAUCUGACCCGAAGAGUUCUCUUUUAGCAUUUAGAGAACCUAAAGUAAACCUAUACUAAUAAUUCUGAUUAUUUAGCAGUUUGAGUAAGACCUUUGUAACCACCACAAAACACUCUACAACACUUCUUAUAAAGACCGUAAACUGGACUUUUUCUUUUGGGCCCAUGGCAGCUGUUCAUCCUGAGAUAAGGGUGUAACAGAACCAAGGCAGGCCAGCUCUGCUGCCUUAGCAGCGAGAGGCAGGCUGCAAGCAGAACAUUUCGGGGAGCUCCCUCUGGCCAUGCUGCAUCUGUCUGUCUGUUGAUUGUACUACUGGCAUGAGUUUGAUAGUCUGUGGGUACGCAGAUACUUGAGGAUAAAAAUGUAGAAGUGUCUUGCUCAGUUUCUAGAUUAGUGAACAAGGUCAUUUGGGAAGAGCUCCAGAAAGGCUAGACAAAAGGCCCUUGCUUGGUGCUCACUGCUCACUGCAGUGGCUGCAGAGGUCCGUGCUGGCCUUGGCCUUCCCUGUUCACACCUAUCACUGCCUUGUGUGAGGCUUUCUACUUCUGUGGUUUUUUUUUGUUUUACUUCUUUUUGCCCUUUAAUCCUCACCUGAGGACAUCUAUUGAUUUUUAGAGAGGAAGAGGUCGGGGGGCAGGGGGUGCGGAAAAGAGAGAGAAACAUUUGAUUGGUUGUAUCCCAUAUGCACCCUGACCAGGAAUCAAACUUGCAACCUUGACGUGUCAGGAUGGUGCUCCAGCCAACUGAGUGCCUCCCAGUGAGGGCUCAUCUAUGUUUUCAAAAGGUCAGCUCUGUUUUUUAAAUUCUACUUACCAGAUAUCCCUUGACAUGUAGAUUGGCAGUGUUUUUAAAGGACGGUGAUCUUUCUGUAUCAUGUUCAGAAUGGGAGUGAGCAGAAGGAAUAUUUGGGACCUGCAGUCCUACUCUCUCCAGCAGGUGUCCUCUGGGGCAGAAUGCUGUGACACUCAGCAGAUCUGAGGGACAGGCCUGUCUACCUGGUCCUCUGUGUGGCUAUCUGGGCACUAGGGUUUUAUGUUGCUCCUUCUGAGAACUUGCCUUAUCAAGCUGGUGUCCUUUGUGAGUGCCCUGCAGCCUCAAGGACUCUUCUCACCAGGCAACCGCUUCCCUCCACCUUCCCUGAGGUUUCCAGGCAGGUCCUGCAUGGAGUCAAGCUCCAUCUGCCUUCUGUUGUGAGGGUUUGAAAUCUGCAGUUGAAUAGGUCAAAAGAGCAUUCGUUUUACUAACUUGUCCUUUGACAUGAGAUCUCAGGAAUCCUGGGGAACAAAUGUGUUAGGUAUAGCAUUUGGGGGUCAAAGAGAGACUGAGGGAGACCUCUUAUCAUGGUGGCCUCUGUAAAGGACUCUCCCACUCACCCCAGAACAACAAGACUCGUUUGCCAGGGGCUGAUUCAGUCUGGGGUUACCAGGAAAUGGACUGCGAAUGCUAAGGUAGCUGAGAAAUGGGGGCACUCUGACAAAAAAGCUGGUUGUGCUGCAGCCUCCCACACAGUGCGCGGGCCUCCCUUGGCCUGGCUGAGUGCCAUUUCAUGUUGACGACAACUGUGAGCCUCCAAGCCAGGGCUGGGUGUCCCGGUGCUCAGUCCUGGUCUCCAACUAGAAUGAGCACACAGGACAGAACAAAGAGGGCCUUCACUUCCAGCCUGCGUGUCCUACCAUGGUCCUGCCACAGUCCUUGCUAUAUGGUGUCCUCCGUGUGUUCCAUGAAUCCACUAAACCCCAGGGAAGAAUUUAGCCACCUAACCAACCACUGAGGAGAGAAGGAAUAACAGUGUGGAGGUCAGGUUGGCUUCUGUAUUGUUACAGAAAAGUCCUCAGGUCAGGCCUGAGCCACCACUGGGACUGUGGCCAGGGGAGCAUAGGGAACGGUGAAUCCCAGUACUCUGUGCUUGCUGCUCCCAGCAUGAGCCAAGCAGCAGGUGCAUCCCCCUCCCCAGAGAGCCAAAUGUUAACAAGCACAACUCUUCACAGUUGUAACUAUUUUCCUGUAAACAUUUACUGCUUCAUUUAUAAUCUGCUAGCACCUACACAUAAACUGUGGCAAACAUAUUAAUGGGAAAACUUCGUUUGACACUUCUGUGAACAUACAUACUAAUCACAGCGUGCACGUGCACUUUCCAGUUCUUUUACCAUUUGUGAUGCCAGUACUUGAGCAGAUCUGAAGGUUGUUAUUUCCAGAGGACUGUGGCUAUCAGUAGCCUCCCUGGCAGAGGCGUGACACUGGGUGGGGUGAAGUGGCCGACAGAGCACUUGGCCACUAGUAGUUGAAGUCUGUGCAAUAAGGCAUCAGGAUGAGUCUGAAUUUCUGGGAGGAAGUGCUGGCUGUCUUGGGAGGGGCCGCUGGAGGACGUGGUGGGAAUGUGUGGGUUUGUGAGGAGCUGAGAUCAGAGGACGUUCCCUAUAAGUCCUGCAGUGUCCAGAUCCAGUCACUUGCUCACUGACCCAACACUAAGCGUCAGGGGCCUCGCACAGGCCACACUUUUGAAGAGAGGAAAUUGCAAUUUUUAAAAGACACAGUUGUGACUCUUGGAAUCUGCCUGAAAGGAAUUCUGACCAAAAGGCCAGGAAACAAAAUGGACGGCCUAAAAAGCAUUUUCUAUGGAGAUGCAUUUAUACCAUUUGUUUCACCACAGGGGGAGGUGGGACAUGGUCCUUUUAUCACUGUUGCCUGGGGUUCCUUUUAGCAAGUCUGUUUCUACACUCAUCUUUGGUGGGGGGUGGGGGGGCGGGGGUCACAAUGCCUGCCCAAACCCUGCAGGGCCUGGAGGCUGAGUGACAGCCCUGUGACCUCUUUUCUCUAGCUCUGAAAUGACAAGGGUGUGCUGGUAUCCUGCCACCUCCAGCAAAGGACCAUGGUGCCCCAGGUGUAAGCUCUGUCAUAGGGAGGAGCUGGCCAGGUGGUUCCCUUAGAAAAGCUUCUCCCUUCCCACACUUGCUGGAGCCCCCCCUGGUUCCUGAGGCCCAGGGCUGGCCUGAGCAGCCUAGGUCCCAUUGGUGUAGUCAGCUGCCUGUCAGGCCUGUGGCCUCAUUUCAGAGAGGGGGACAGUGGGAGCCUUUCCUGCUCCCUACUCCCUGAUGCCUGUGUGGUGUCUUCACAGCUAACCACACUCAGCCGCUCACUCACUGACUGACAUGUCUAAGUCUCAGACAGUUCUUUAGGGAUUCAAAACUGUUUUCAGUUAGAGUGAAGAAAAUAUGACCCAUCAACAUUUAUUUUUGAUGAAGUAAAAGUUCACACAUUAUUGUUCUAAGGAAAGUUGGAAUUUAACAUUUUCAUUUAUAGACACAAUUUCAAAAAGGAUUCAGUCACUCCCUUUAUCACCAAAAGGGGUGGGGUGGGAUUUUAAGUAUUUUCAAAGUUUUACAAAGGACAGGGAAGUAUGUAGUAUUCUACAUAAAAGGAAUUAAAUGCUAGAAGAAAAAACUUGGCACAUUAAUUGGAAGUUUCACUUCUCUGGAAAAAUCAGUGGAAUAUGUCAUACCCUGAAAAUCCUGGACAACCAAGUUACUGCAGUGUUUUAUGUUAAAUAGGAAUUUGCUUUAUAAAUAAAUUUUAACUGUUGCCCUAACAUUUUCUCUACUCGGUUGAGAUUAGUGAACAGUCCUCAGUGCCCUGGUCCAGUAGCCUCCACUGGACCUUUAUGAAAGGACUUGGGAAGAAUGCUGCUGAAAACUUUAUUCUAAAGGCCCUUAAAAUUAAGGUAUUUGCACCCCAUUUUUUCUGUCUUUCAUCAUAGGGUCUUCUCCCUUGUCAUUCUUGAGAGAAGAGUUAGUUACUGGACUGACCAGCUGAGGGUCCCUUUCUCAGUCAGUCGGAGCCACCAGGGGACUUUCCACAGAGGUCAUGUUUACAAGUUAACCAGUAUGCAGACGUCUCUCCUCUGGCUUUUCCAUGCCACCAAAUCCCUAAAAGGCCUGUGCUCAGCCAGACAUUAGACUUCUAAUCCUAGAAAAGGUCUUUUUAUUCACCUGAGACCAGGUCUAAAGGUCAAGUCCUUCACCAAGUAGCAGGGUGCUGUAGGACACAUUUCUUCUUCCACAACAGGCCAAGUACUGCCAGUCCUCAGACUGCCCUCAAGAGACAGGAUAGGGGGGACAGGAUAGGGGGGACGGGCUGGUGCACUGUGUACAGUCUUGUAUGUUCUCACAUGUGUACAAACACCUUUGGCAAGUUCACACUUUUCGCAGUUGAAAACUUAAAUAAGGAUCAACCUUAAGUGAGGUCUAGUAAAACCUCUUUUCUUAGGUUCUGUCAUAGGAAGAUUUGACACAAACCCUGUAUGACAGUUCACAUUGUCAAUUUCUCUUGUUUUGUCUACUGGAAAAGACCGGGCUUCACUCCUUGGUCCUUUUGAGUGCAGUAAGUUUCAAGUCUUGAUGUUUCUCUGUAAUGGGCAGAGGCCUACCUCCUCUGAAGUCUUUCAGCUGAAGACUCACAGAGCAGGAGUAAUAGCUCCACACUAGACCGCUCCCAAGAAUGGCAUAACACACCUUGGGUCCCUUUCUUCUAGGUGCGACUUCAGCUACAGUACUGAGAAUGGCUUCCAAUUUCUCUGUAUUUAAAAGAAGCUGUUGUUUUUUUUUUUUCUUCAAAGUAACCUGUAUGUAUAUUAUUCGGACUAAGCAGUGUAAAUAUUACUCAGAAGUUACCACAGGGUUUUUGUGACAAAAUAUUUUUUUAAAUUAUAUACAGAUAAUUGCUUUUUAAGGUAGGGAGAACAGCUUUGGGUACAACAUUGAACCCCACUCAACAUUAUAAGGAAACGCUUUUAAUGACUUUAUAAAAGCUUUGGUCAUUGAACAGGUAGUUUUAAAGACUGUAUACUGUAUCUACAAUAACGAUGACCCCACUGCCAAACACUGUUUUUCAUUGAAAAAACUCAAAUACUUAUUAUUGGUAGAGCUAUUUAAAGUCCUGGCAGGGGGAAAAAAAAUCCUGGCUGAAAAUUAAAAGAAGAACAUGAUGGUUACAUCUUUACCAGACCCUUUUGUACAGUAAUUUAAGACUUGUUAGGAGGCAGUUUUGGCAUCAGGGGUCUGUCCCUGGGCAGCACUACGUGUGGAGUCCAGCCGAGCAUCUGGGCUUCUCCAGCCCUGGGGUUGUAUUGUUUAUUAGCAUAAAGGUCACAAAAAUCAGAAAGCUGUUAUUUCACAAUACCCAUCCAAUAGGUAAGCAAGCAUUUAGUCACAAAAUACUUGAGAACUGGAUGGUCCAAUACGGGAAGAUGUAGAAGUCUUAAGUAAACUCAGCAGCAAUCUGAAAUCACAGCACUGCUGGGGGCCUUCCCAGACGGAGUUGGAGUGUGCAGUGAAGGAAUCAUCAGAUGUACUCGGCCAGCCUGCUGCCUUUGCGCUUUCCCCCUUUACAACUAACUAUAUCGCGUAUUUCAGUUUUAUAGAAAGCUAGGAAUAGAUUAAGAAGAUCACUAAAUUGUUAUGUUUAUAUCACAAAACUUCAGUUAAAACAGAUUUUAGGAUUUACCUUUCAUAUUUACAAUAUAUCUGCUGACUUAUUGUUAGGAUUCAAACCAGUUAAGAAUUACUUCAUGUGCUUUUCCUAAGUAAUAUUUACUAAGUGGUUCCUCAACUAUUAUAAUCAGUGAUUCUUCUAUCAGGGUGAAUGUCUCAAUUCAGCUACUGAAGACAAAAACAUACUAUGCCAACCUGCUGGGAGAGCUGCUAUACAAACAGUGAAAAAAUGUAGAUCACUUCCCUGGCGUGAGGAGUCUGGAAGUAAAUUGCAGCAAUGACUUCUGCCACUGCUAAUUCUUUCAACAGGCAGGUGACGCAUGUUCAAAGAACAAACUUGGAUAAAGUAACUGGCGUUUAAUUUCUGUCCUAAUGCUAAAUGAUAAUGUUCACCAAACUAAAGGUCACCUGCUGAAGAAAGCAGAGGCCUUAGGGGCCCAGGUGGCUCCUUAGCACACACCUGGGCUCCACCAGCAGCCCCGGGCCUGAGACAGCUCCUGGAAACAGACUCUACCCGGUGGGUCGUUCUCUGCCUGGCUGCUGGGGUCCUGAAGAGAAGAGCCUGGUCAGUGAAGAUGCUCUCUGUUUUGGACAAUUCAAUAAUGUGAUGGUUUAGUUUUAGGCUUUUUUUUAAAAAAACAAAGUUUCUAAUAAACUGUUCACUACAACUGAAUUACUUUGUCAAAAUAUUUAUUCCUUUGUGUGACAUGCUAGAUUUCUAUGGCUAUAGCUGAUCAUUUCUAUUUUGUAAAUACUACCUAACAUUACAUAAAGUAUAUCAUAAUAAACUAUUUUUGCAUCA